AUGGUUGCGAUAACCCUGAGAGCCUAACUUUGAAUAUUUUAUUUUUAUAAAUAUUAUUGUAGUUAAAGAUGAAUCAUGAGGGAUGCUCUAAUACUUUAACUGAGGAGUGUACAAAGUUUCAUAGAGAAUUCGGGAAGGAUGGCCGAAACUACACUUCUCCCUCUAGGUUCCCUUGCUACUAUACACCAACCCAUGGAGAUUUUGUUACAUCUCAUCUAGACCUUCAAUAUUCACAGCAGAUAUUUCUCAUAAUGUUGUUAGUUCCUCUGACGAUCUUCAUAUUUUCCUGCUUUUUCUGCCUGUUCUGUUCCUAUCUGAUAGUUGUGGAUGAAGAAGGUCACAUGCAUCUAAAAGGAUGUUAUGAUUGGUUUCGAAAGCCCCCAACUGAGUACGAGAAGUGGGAGAAGCAGCAUGCAAAGAAGAAACGAAGGAGAGAAGAGGAAGAGAGUAAACGACAAAAAAGAGAAGAAGUGUGGAUGAAAGAAUGUCGGGAGGAAAUGGAGAAGAGACGACAAUUCAUUAGAGAUCAAGAUUUAUACGAUGAGAGGAGAGAUUCUGUUGGUACACUACAAGAUAUUAAUAUACAAAUUCAUACUCCGGAAUAGCAAAUAUUGUAUACCGCCUAAUUUGACCAACAAAUAUUUGUAAAAAUAUUUGCGCAUUUUGAUCUCAAAAGACGAAUAAAUUGUGUACAACUAC